UCUUACUGUGUUAAUGCUUAAACUUAUUCUUUGUAUAUAACAUGUUGUUACCUAUGCUUUCUUUUUAUUCCACAGUUGGAUUAUCCACUAGUUUGUACCUGAACCCCAUGAAGUUGAGGCACUACUUUAUAAUAUUUUACCAGUUUCAUUGUCUCUCUGAAUGCCUCUGCAGUGCGAUUUCAGGCCCAGGCCAGCAGGUCAGGCUUCACAGUAGAAUGUAGCUGUUUGGAGUGUGUCAGGAAUGUUUACAGGUGCUAGACUGUCCUCAUUGUUCAGAAAGAGCAAAUAAUGAAACAUAGCUGGUUCAUGUGAACCCUGUUAUACGGGGAAAUAGACUUGAAAUUAUCAUAAGAAUCACUGGUUUGUUCAGUUUUCAAUGACAUUUCUUUCUAAAAAUACAAAGUAUUUAUUGAAAGUGUGUGCAUUCUGUAAAUUGUUCCUUAAUAUACUAACUUAUUGUAUGUGAGCAUUGAUUCUGUGUAUGCAGAGCAUUGAUAUAUUAAAAUGGAAGUUGCAAAAUUAUUCUACUUGCAAUUGUAAUGACCACUAACUUUUCGGUUACCCCUUUCAAAAACUGUUUCUAUGUUGUUACGCAAGUAAGUUCUUCAAAAUUACUCAUAGAAAACUAUGUAUAUUAUGAAUAAGGAAUCAACAAAAGUAUUUGAAACCUAGAACAUACACAAUAUAUAGGGUUUUUUUUUUAACAUCUGCUAUGUUUACCUAUGUUGUCACAAAAAUGUGGCAGCCUAAAGGACAUGUCCAUACUAACUAUCUAGUUAAAAGGUGGGGGACAAGGUGCAACAAUUGUCCUUAAGGACAGACCUUGGCUGAGAAAAUGGGAACAUUAUAGCAAAGCACCUGGCAGCAUUUCUUAAGUGACAUCAAGGGACCCUUAGACCAAUGCAAAUUUAGCCAAGGGUUUCUUCCUUAUCAUCAACAACUGCCUGUGCCUCUAAUACUCAUGCACAGCUAUAGAUGAAAAAUGUUGGAAGUACAAACCACAAGAUGGCACGCACAUAAGAUGGCGUUGCCCAGGGAAAGAAGAUGCCGCAUUGCGGUGCAGUGACGCAUGGUGUGGCGCCAAAUUCAAACUUUAAAAGACGCCAAAAGGCUAUAAUAACUACCCGUGGAUAGGUUUUGUUUUGUACGUUCCUGGGUGUACAUUUCUUCUUCAUUAUAAGACUGAUUCCUGAUCUUGACCUUGGCUUUUCCUCCUGACUACUAAUCUCUGCUGCCUGUACUGACCAUCUGCCUGGAUACGACCACCAACUUGUUUAACCCUUCGGAUACCCUGCUUGGAUCCAGUGACCCCUUUUGGCUUCCUCCUUGGUCCCGACUUCUACAUCUGAGCCGGGAAGGCAGACAGCUGGAAAUUCUCUGACACACCAAACACUGCCUAGAAACCUCCUGUGAUUCCAAGCAGAUGGCGCAACCAUUACAGAACUUGUUGAUCCUAUUAUGUGCCCUUCUACCAAAGUACACUGAUGCUUUUUCAAAUGGGAAAGUUACAAGUGUUUGUGCCUCAAUGCUUCCUUCUCAUGGUGCUGCACCUCAAGCCAGCGACCCUCCCUAUACUUUGGUCUCAUCAAAAGACACCUACAAUCAUGGAGAAAAAAUCACAGUCAGUCUCUCAACUACAGCAACUAACAUGAUAAAAGGUUUCCUGGUUCAAGCUCGGACAACAAAUGGUGAUACUCUAGUUGGUUCCUUUGAAGUCAGCAACCCAGAUGUUCAGACACUGGACUGUACUAACCCUGCAGAUGCAGUCAGUCACACUGGUUCCACCUCCAAAUCAAAUAUACAGGUGAUGUGGAAGGCCCCUGACGUACUGACUGGAAAUAUAAUGUUUAGGGCCACUGUUGUGAAAAGUGAGAAGACAUUCUGGACAAAUGUUGUCAGCAAAGCACUAACCUAUAAUGCAGAGUCGAACAGUACAGUCACAGGUGUAAAUGGUACAGCCACAGGCGGAAGUGGUACAGGAACAACUUCACUGGGUUCUCCUAACAGUGGAUCCAGACUCUCUGAUCCCUUCACGUUUGUGCUCAUGUUGGGUAUUCUGACUGUGAUCGCUUUUCUCCUUGGAAUCUGAAGAUCAAACCAAAUAUUUGAAACAUUUAGAAAACGAAAUUGUUAUGUAAAAUGAGCACUGUUAUACUAUAUAAGCAAGGUUGCAUUUUCCUAUUAAUAAUAACUGGACACAGCUUACACAACUUCUGAUUUCUGUUUAUUUUUGCUUUUACCUAAGGAAACUACUGCAGACAAAAUACUGACCCCCCCUGUGUCACUGGCCUUUAGACCACUAAAUACUAAUGUAACUACCAAUAAACUGAGCAAUCGUGUAACUUGCUCCUUGUUGACAAUAAGGCAAUAAAUGAUUUGCACAGGGUUCACAUUCAGAUUAUAUGCAUUUGUAUUUCCCAAAUGCCUUGGUACACAUAUCAGGUUAUUGUAAAUGCUAUAUUUCAUGGUGUUUACUUUUGAGUAACUGAGUACUUUUAUUAAUCUCAACAGUUAUUCCUUCUGAAUAUAUUUCUCAAGUAAAACCUUUAAACUCGUUGUUGUACAAUGAUACACCAGUAUUACCAGUGCAGCACAACAGUACAUUAUAUUUUCAUUACUUUAGGACACUAAUUUUUUUAAAUGAAUUCUGCCACUUCUUUCUGGGUAGUUUUAGGCAGACCAUCUUGUACUUUGUAAAGAGCCUGUAUGGGGUGUAUAGUGGUGUGAGAUCUGUUGGGCAUCUAUGUUCAAGGUAACAUAUGUGAAUGGGUGUAGUAUUUUUAAUUAUGUUAGAAAAUAUUUAGUGCAUUUGUCCCCUAAAUUUUAUGUUUUCUGUUAAAUAUAUUUUAUUUAAUUUAACAUAAACAAAAAAAAAAUUAAUGUGACAGCAUAUAUUAAGCAGAUUUAGAGAAUGGUUUUCUGUUUAUACAUAAGAUAAGCCUUGUAGGUAUAUAACGUUUUAGCUGUAGUAUUUUUUACUUCCAAAGAGCUUUUUUUUUACACUUGAAUCGUAUGGGCAUGUGUCUCUCUUGAACCUAAAUAAGUACAGCAUGAUGCAUGUAACUAUAUUUCUACUUAUAAGUUUUUAUUUGAACAGCUGUUGAUGAUCUGGCACCAGUCUUCAACAUUUUAAAUGUUUCUGAUAGCAGAUGUUUUAUCUAAGCCAAGUUCCAAGGGCCACAUGGUGUUUUUGAGAAGAGAAUGAAUCAUAAUGACUCUGCAUUAUUAUACCUGCAGUUUUAUGUUUUUACUUUUCAUAACAGUCAUCUGUUUGAGAUGAUUCUGGUCCAAUUUAUUCUUUAUAAAGCAAUAGUAAACAUAGUAACAUAAGUCUUACUAUAACUGGUUUAUGCUGUGCUGCAAUGUAGUGAGCACCCCAGGAACAGCAGUGUGCAAAAGGGCAGCAAUUUCAACCUGAGUCAUUUCUUUUAUGGUAUUCAAAAUACAAUAUCUAAUACAAACUUAAAGGGGAAGUAAAGUCUAAAAUAAAAUAGGGCUAGAAAUUCUGUAUUUUGUAUACAAAACAAAAACAUGAACUUACAAUCGAACAAAUAAUUCAUGCUUUACAAAGUUGUCAGCAGGGGGUCACUGUCUUGUAAUUUUUUUAAACAUCUUUGCAAGACCAAGACUGUGCACAUGCUCAGUGUG